UAUUUCUUCCCUUUUUGAGGUUGAAUUGAAUUGUUGAAUAUUUUCUUUUCAAUAAUAAUUAUUAUUCAUCUCGUUUUUUGGAACUAUUUGAAGGGAAAUGCAAAAAUUGACAGAUAUUUUUGGAGAUUUUUCUUUGAAUUCUGAUGAGAAUGAAUUCGUUAAUUGCAGUCAUUUCAAUUUAUUUUCGAAUCCACAUAAACUUCCCAUAAAUAAUGUCUACAUUGAGAGAAAACGUCAUGAACUGGAAAGAAGUUCUUAUGGGAAUUGGAAUGAAAUCAAAGAUAGAAAGAAAAACAAGAAACGUGUGACCACUAUAAAAGAAGUAAUACCUGCCUUGCAUGAAUCGUGGAUACCGAAAUUUGUACCAGCUUUUGAGUAUAUAGAAUACAAUUUCAAUAUUCCUGAAGAAGAUAAUAUUUAUUUCAUUGAAAAUAACAAGCAUUAUUUAUUCUUUCUAGAAUAUUUAAUUAAAUGUUCCUACCAACAGUUUUGGUGUAAUGUAUUAUUUAAAGAAAAUGUACAAGACAGUUUAAGGAAUUUCAUACUACACCCCAUUCCAAUUUAUCUUUACAAUGAUCUUAGUAAAGAUUUUCAAGAUGUUUAUAAAAAAAUUUUCAAUAAAUAUUACAUGGUGAUUAGACGACUUAUUGUGUUCAGGGAAUCAGAGACAGAAUAUAUGCCAACGUCCGUAGGAGCUAAGUAUUUAAUAGAGAAGAAACUACUCAAUUUAUCAAUAACUUUAACAAUCACUCUUUUAUACCAGGAUUUUGAUAAUGAAUUAAUCAAUAUAUUGAGUGAUAUUUAUUUUUCAUGUGAGGGACAAGAAAAGUUCAUAGAAAAGGAAAUAGAGAAUUUUUUGAAAGAAUUCAUAUUGAUUUCUGAUAUGAUAAGAGGGAAAAUAACAGGAAAAUUCGACCCAGGAAUAAACCCUGUUCCCAUAUCUUUAGACGAAAGGCCAAAAAUUUUCAAUUUAGUUUGGGUGAAUUCUGUAGUUGACUAUUGUCUGAAUAUGAUAAGCACAUUGAGUGCACUUUUUCGUCUCAAGAGUUCAACUGUAGAAAUUGCAUAUUUUCUGGACGUUCCAGAAAAGUUAGCUAAAAAUUAUGAUGGUAUUUUCAAUGAUAUAUACGAAAUACUUGAAAGUAGAAUAGAAUUGAUAAAAGGUGAUAAUAAAUACAAAAGAAUAAUGGAAAAAAUUGGUCAAGCAAGAAUAAAAUUUGUAGAUAAUUUCCAUAAUUUCAUAUCGUUCAUUUUGGAGAAAACCAUAUCCCUUCAAGGAAAAUCAAAAGAACAGGAAAAGUAUUUAGAAAUGUUUAUAGACACAAUUACAACAGCAUUAGAAUAUGAAAUUUUCAUCUGUGAUUAUAAUCAUAAAUAUCCUCUAUCUCAAACCAUUGAGAUGUUUGAAGAUUUUUCUCUUAUAGAUAAAACCAGGACUGCAUACAUUAUAACAUCUCUCAAUAGUUUGGAAAGAAAUGAUUUUAUCAAGGACAAAUUCAGUAUUGAAUCAGCAUUUAUCAAUCACUUACCGAAGCCAAUCCUUUAUGAUGAACCACAACAAAGCUGUUCCACUAAUCAUGAUGAAGAGGCUGGUAGUAUUAAUGUUCCAUCAAAUGAUAUAGAUGACAAAAUUCAGUCGGUAACAACAAUAUUUCCUCAUUUGGGCGAUGGUUUUGUGGAGAAAUGCUUGGAACACUUUGACUACAACACGGAUCAACUUAUACAAGCUAUUCUAGAAGAAAAUAUCCCGCCACAUUUACUUGAAAUUCCCUUUGAUUCUAUUAGGAUUCCACCAGAACCUCUACCACCAAAACCAACAUUAGCUUAUCGUGGAAAGAAACCAGGAUUUGAUGAUGCUCUAGCCAUGUUGAAUGAUAAGAAAGAGAAAGAAAAAAUGAAAACAUUAGUUAUGGAUGGGAUAAAAUAUAAUAAUCGUUACGACAACACAGAUGAUGAAUACGAUGAUAGAGAUAAUCUCCAAGAACCUGAUUUUGUAAUUGAACAUGAUGUUGAAAAAUACGAGAAAGUAAAUGAAGAAGAGCUUGUGAGUGAUACAAGCUACAGCGAUAAUGAAUUUGAUGAUGAAGGAAAGCCAAUUGAAAAGGAUAAUCAAACAAGUUUUAAAGCAUUCUGUGAAGACCCUGCUGCUGUCAGAGCCCGAUAUGAGGCAAGAAUGAAAAGUCGUAGGGGAAAAACAGAUGUUGUUGGUAAACCAAAAGGACAAGGCCAAGAGAAGAAUGUGGUGAAUGCCAGACAAAAGAAAAAUGUUCAGAAAUCUAGUCGUGCAAAUCAUAAUAGAAAAGGUGGUGCACAGUUUAAGAGAAACAAGGGAAUGAUCCCUUCAUAAAUCUUUUCACAGUUAUUUCGUUUGUUUUUUACUACUUUUUUGUUAUAGAAUAAAUUUUCAUUUUGUUCCUAA